AACCAAAUAAAAGGCUCAGUGUUGUAGUCCAUGAAUUAGCAAAUAAGGAACGUACCACCAAAUCAAAUACAAAUUCACCUGUGUCUAAAAGAAAAGGGAGAAAGAAGACAUUUGUAGUGAAAUCGUCAAACAAGGGUCUUCCACCAUCAAUAUCAGAGGCAAAAUUGUCUAUGAAUGACAGAAUAAAUGCUCUGGAAGAAAAUUUUAGCGUUGAUAUUCAUGAAGAAUUAGUCAACUGCAAACCUAAACAAGUAGAUAAAGAUAAACUGAUAGAAGAGCUGCAGAAAAAGUUGGAGGAAUUACAGAAGCAGUCACAAGCACAUAGUACAUAUAAUAGUCCUGGUUGUUCAGUACAUAUGAAUGCUGUUGAAGAUGUUAAAACUCCUGACCAUGUGACUUCUCCAGUUUCUGCAAAUUACUCGAGACGGUACCCGCAUUCACCAUGCAAGAUAGUAUUGGAAGGUUUGCCAAAAAAUUUUCGUAGUUAUCAUGCAAGUACCAGUGCAGAUGCAGAAAGUAGACCGUCGACCAGCUACAUGCCUGCUAAGAGACUCCCGUUGAAACGAACUGCUGUCGAGGAUAAAUUUUUGAAAAAAAAGAUCAAACUGAAUAAGAAGAAGAAAGAAAAGAAAUAUGUCAGAAAGCUAAAAGCAGUGUUGUAUAAUUCUGAUGAUUACGCUGAGUCAGACUGCGAAAUAAAGAGGCCAAAGUUGAGUACCUGGGAACAAGACAUAAAUGAUGAUGAAAAGAAAACCAUGUUUCAUCUCCACUUCGGAGUGUCUGUACCUUAUAAAGCUUGGAAAAAAGCCAAACGGGCAACAGUCUACAAGUUUCUAAGAGAACUUAUUUUUCAUGUAUGGAAACCUCAUGAGUUUAUUGAGUUAGCGGUGCAAGUAAAUCGAACCGCAGACACUGAAAACAGAGUUGCUAUUGAACCCAAGAAAUUCGAGGCUCUUAAAAGGGGAUAUGCCCAAUAUUUAUUCGAACGCAAAAUGAUCUCUCAAAGCGCAAGCGUAAAAGAAAAGAAUCGGAUUAUUCAGAAAUUUGGAAGAUAUCUGGGGAUUCUAAUUGCUCAAGAACGAAUCAAAUAUUUUUCUUCCUGUGAGGAAGUACGUCAUGAGAGGUAUAGAACAACUUCAGAAGAAAAUGAAGAAGAUGAAGAGGAAAAUGAAGAAGAUGAAGAAGAAAAUGAAGAAGAUAAAGAUGAAGAUGAAAACCAUAAAGAUCGAGCCGAAGAUGAAUUUGAAAUUCAAAACUCAUUCUAAUCGUUUGAUGAAGAAAUCCUUUUAUAAUUUUUG